GGCUGACACCGUGGACUGAUUCCGGACACUGAUACCUCUGCACCUUAGCCUGUGUAAAAACUUCACAAGCACACAGUUGUCGCCCAGUGAGCUCAGUGAAGGAUCCAAGUGGGCGGGGGCAGCAUGCUGCGUCCGACGGCUCACACGGCCGGCGCCGUAAGGCCGCCGGCCAACUCCAGACGCAGCCUUCCCCCCAUCUCCUACUCUUCGUCCCCAUCCCUCCUGCUCUCUUCUCCUCCUCCCCCCUCCUCCAUCUCCUCUGCUUCCGUCCCACCUCUCCGCCCCAUCCGAGAGCUUCGCGACUGCUCAGGCGAAUCCGCGUCGGAGGAAGGAGGAGGAGAGUUUGAGCGCUCGCCGGCUUACUUCUUGCUUGGGCCGGUUCCGUCGGAGGCGGAGGCCGAGGCCGCGGUCGCAGCCCUCAACCGGAUAUACAAUUCAGUGGGACUUGCUAACGAUGGAUUACCUUCUACUCUGAACAAGAAUGUUGCAGAUCAAGCCUCAAUUUCAGCUACAAUGCCUGUUUCAUCUGAAACAAUGGGAAGAUCUUCCCCUGCUGAUCAAGUCUCCAAUAAAAUUGAGCUUCCUCGGCAGCUUCCUGCUAACCAUCCUCUCCGAUUUAAUGGCUUAAAUAUAGUUCAGUCUCAAGGGCUGGACAGAAUUCGUAACUCAUUUCGUUUGAUGCAAGUGAAUCCAUCUGUUCAGAGAAUGGUAGUUUCAUUAUCGACUGAUAAAGCUGUAUGGGAUGCAGUCAUGAAAAAUGAGGCAGUACAACAACUUAAGCAACAUUUCCUUGCAGCCGGAGGAAAUGAAGUUAGGAUAUUCGAUGAAGAUGCCGAUAUCAUUACAAACAUCCUGAAGUGGAUAUUGGAGAAUACCAAGGCAAAAAUAUGGGAGCUCAUUGAUAAGAUCAUCCAUCUGGUGAAUGAACUAUUCUUCUCCCGCGAAAAUGCCGGUAAGCAAGAAGGUUGGGACAUUUUGAGUGAUGUGGUAGGAUCUGCAUUUAUGCUGACUGUUAUGGUCUUUCUUGUUGUCAUUGUUACACGUUUCGAUGGCGCCUGAUAAUCAUUUUGUAGGAUAAAAUGUAUGGAUCCCCAUAUGGCGAUAUGGUUUCGAUACUUUCAAACAUAUUGCACUUCAGGUCUUGACUAUUGAAAAAAGUCUGGCUUUUUAUCCAAAAAUGAUAUUUAAUAUGUUACCAUGUUUGAAAUGAAAUCAUAUAAGUGAAUCAAUUAUGAUAGAGGCAUAAAAUGAUCAUAUCAUAAGAAAAUUAGGGUCUUUCGCCUAAUGUUUAGAUACUAAAGUGUACUUUAAAAUUGAAAGCAUAGGAACCAAAUUGCCAUAUGGAGAUUGUACAGGGAUUAGUAGUGAGGCGUGAACUUUGUUUGUACAUAAGAACAAACAUAUGUUGGCUUUAUCCACCGAUAAAUUUUGAUGGUAACAAAUAAAUUUUAGAUUUAAUUUUUUACUCA